UGACGGAAGUGACGGACAAGGUAAGCGACUCAUGUUGUAACUGACGUCAGACGCCGGAGAUUUUGGCGGAAAAUUAAAGCAAAUGGUAGUUUAGAUUUGAAUAAAUUCCAUUAAGCUUCAGUAUUACCAAAUACACUUAUCAAUUGUCUUAUAACUAACAAUAUUUGUCUAAAUAAUCUCCAACACCCUGGAGAACAACGGGGAGAGUUUAGAGGCUCUCCAAGAUUACAUUGAUCAGUGCUUUCAGGGUCUCGUGAUGAAGAAGGCCCAGAGUACAGCUUCCCCGGCCAAAUCUGAGACGCCAUUGUCGAAAAGACUUCGCCCGGCAGAUUCCCCCGGCACAACAUCGCCAGCCGGCAAAGAUAUUGCCGACAUACUGGAGUCAAUCGACAAGCGAUUGUCCAGCUUCGACACAAGGCUGUCCUUGGUGGAGAUUCUUCACCGGGAAUUUAAAUGCUUACGAGAAUCACUGGAGUUCAGCCAGCAGCAGGUGGAAACGCUCGCUGCUGAAAAUGCCACGCUAAGGGAGUCGGUGAAAUGUCUCACAGAAAAUGUUACCCAGCUCAAUAGAGAAAAUAAAAAAAUAAAAGAAACAGUUAUUGAUCUACAAGCUCGUAGCAUGCGUGAUAAUCUGGUAUUUUCUGGUAUUCCAGAAGCCGCUGGAGAGGACGCGGAGACCACGGUAAAAAGCUUCAUCAAAACCCACCUGAAGCUGCCGGAGGACACGGUGAAGAACAUCGUCUUCGAUAGGGUGCAUCGCCUCGGCCCUAUUCGGGCUGCGGCCGGGAGACCACGUCCUAUCGUGGCCAAAUUCGGCCACUUCAAACAAAAGGAACAUGUGAAAAGCCGCGGCAGGGAAUUAAAAGGAACGGACUUCAGCGUGAACGACCAGUUCCCCAAAGAGAUCCUGGAACGACGCAGGGUCCUCUUCCCAAUCCGACGCGGCUUCAUCCAGAAGGGCUCCCGCGCCGUCAUCGCUGUGGACCGGCUGUACGUGGACGGACAGCUCCACCGCGACCCCGACAUCACUCCGUGGCUGUAUUAACUUCACACCAGAUAAGAAUCCGCUACACCCUUUCCCCAUCCACUCACACUAACUUGCAUUAACAUCUGUUUAACUUACCAGUAUCAAAUCGCAUCUUAGGUGCGAUAUCAUAGCAGAAGUAACACCGUCACUCUCCGUCAAUGGUUUGAUUGGAAUGUUUC